AUGGCGUCCUCCGAGGUUGACCAGAAGUUCUUGGGCAGGUUGGCCAGAGCCGUUGAAAACGACAACCCCUUGCUCUCCUCCAUGCUCUUCAAGAUCCUCGGAUUGUCGCUGAAACUCGCCGAGCAGCUGGUCGCCGCCAAGAAGCAACGCCGCCCGGACCCUGCCAAAUCUCCCGUAUUCCUCAAGCGCGUCCUUCACAUCAUAUGGCUCUCUCGCGAAGGCCUCGUCAUGCUCCAGCAGUACGUCAUUCCCAUGGUGGGGAACUACGUCGAGCUCAGGAUCUUGGCGUACAAGCUGCGCGCCAGCUUCCACCACAUUUUUGUCUUGUUUCACAACCAACCCACCGUCUCCGACGUCGCGAGUUGGACUCCGGAGCUGGUGGAGGCUGCGGCGGAGGUUGCGGCAGAGAUGGCCUCUCAAGCAGACAAAUUGAAGAAUGGCCCAACGGUCGGCGAUGAAUCGUUGUCAAGAUCCUCGUCAAUCCAGCCAACCCAUCCCCUGGAAGGUGGUCCGGUUGGGCCUCCACCCGGCUUCGAGACUCAUGUUGCCCUGCUGCCGCCUUCGUUCCUGCUUCCUGCCCAGAACUAUCUUCCCGCGGCGCACCAGUAUUUCAAGGAAGCCGUCAAGAUGGCAGAUCAGCUACUCUGGGGUUCCCACUCCUUGCGUCUGUCUAUCAAGACUGAAUACGCCGCCUUUCUCUACGAUUGCGUUCAUGACGUUGAGGCGAGCCGAAAGGUAGCCAAAGACACGAUAGCCGAGGUAUACGAAGCUACGGAAGGCAUGGACGACGACAUGUUCAAUGAUGCCUGCGAGCUCGUCACCGUUCUCGGCAAGAUGAUGAAGCGUGGUCUCGGCUCGGAGCCGACGCCCCGCGGCAGAAGCCAGGACCCCAAGGCUCGCCUAAACCCAAUAACUGCGGUUUCUAUAGGAAUGGAAAACCCAAUAUGA